CGGCGACGGCGGCGAGUGGCAAGUGGGGCGCCCUCUUUCUGCGCGGGGGCGCUCAGCGUCGGCGGCCGGCUCUGCGCUUCGGAGCCAGCCGCCCAGGCCCGCGGCGCGGCAAGGCGAGGGGGAGGAGAGGGGAGGAGGAGGAGGAGCAGAGCUGGGGUGCCGAGGCGGCAGGUGGUCCGGCCUCCCGGGGGGGGCGCGCGCAGAUGCGCGCCCACGCCCGCGCGCCCGCGGAGCGCCGCGGCCCCCGCACAAGAGCGGCGGCGGCACAGGCAGCGGGAGCAUGGGGGAUCGGGAGCGGCAGCUGGAGCGGCGGCAGCGGCGGCAGCGGCGGCAGCGGCGCCGGCAGCGGGCACCAGGCAGCCCGAAGGGGCUGCAGGGCCAGGCAGCGCAGGGGGGGCCCGCCGCGGCCGCGGGCCGGGCCGCCCCCUGCCCACGGGCCGCGCGGCCGCGCUCACUCCGCCUUGUAG